AUGAACCACUUCGCACAGGAUGCGGUGAUCCACCGAUACGCCCUCUCGGCGUUAUCUCCGCUUGCUUACAUUCCGGAGUACGCGACGCAGAUCAUCGACGCCGGUGGGGUUCAGGCGGUGAAGAACACACUGCAGUAUCACUCUGGUGAUCCACAGGUGGCAAUCAGCGCCUUGCAGAUGAUCAAUGAAUUGGCCAAGCAUGAAGGCUGCAAGGAUGCUCUGGUUUCGGCUGGCCUGAUCCCGGUGCUCCUUCAAGUCAUGCAGGCUCACUCUGGCAAUCCUCAUGUCCAAGCACUUGGAUUGAAGUGCCUGGCCACCCUAUGUGGCAAUUCAACAUCCAUUCAGGCUGGGCUUUACCAGGCACAAGGGAUUCCCGCAAUUCUCAAUGCUAUCCGAUCAGCUGCCGAUACAAGGGCCACUGAUGAGGGAACAGUGGGUCUCAUCACAGAGGGCAUGAACCUCCUCGCUGCGAUCUCCACGAACCAAGAGUGCCGUCCGCAGAUCAUGCAGUAUGGUGGCAUAGAGAUCACCUUGCAGGUGAUGAGAUUUUACAUCGAUUUCCCUUUGGUCCAGGAGCAUUGCCUGCGGAUCCUCUCUGGCUUGACUCUUUGGCCCGAGGCAGCGGCGAAGCUUCUCAAGGCUGGCUACAUCGAUUGCAUCAUUGCCGCGAUGGCAAAGUAUCCUGAGACACAGGGCGUGCAGAUGAGCGGAGCCUAUGCCUUGGGCAUGGUAGCUGGGUCUGACGAUGCAAAGGUAGCUGUCAUCAACGCGAAAGGCAUUGAAGCGCUGGUGACUGCGAUGUACUGGCAUCCGAUGGACCAGCAUGUGAACGAGCAGGCGUGUGCAGCGCUCUCAAUUUUGUGUGAAGCUGACCGAGGAAAGACGAUCCUGGCCAACGCAGUGGCAGGCGACGAGAAGAUGCCUUCUCCAGAGGUAAUCACAAACUCCAUGCGGAACAUUUACACCAUCGCGAACCCUGUGAAGCAAAUGGUCAAGCUUGUGGCAAUUGCUGGCCUCGACGAAACGAUGAGAAGCGGCCUCAUCCAGGCCUUCACCAUCAACGGAAUUGUGCAGGUGCUGCAGGUCCACGCAGAAAACUCAGCCGUCGUGUUCUACGCGCUGAAGGCCACUGUGACCCUGGGCUACCCUCACCCGCCACCCGAGAUGAUUCAUGUCUGCGAAAGCCUCUUGGAUUUCGUCCUGGCUGUGAUGCGCGCCUUCCCGGCGGAAGCCAGAAUCCAGGAGACUGGCUGCGAGGUUCUUUCCAUCCUGGCGAGGGUCGAGUCUAUGCAGGACCCCAUCAUCACCAAGGGAGGCAUCGCGCUGAUCUGCACGGCCUUGAAGUCCUUCCAAGCCGACACGGGCAUCCAACGAAAAGGAUGUCGUGCCUUUGCCAACCUCGGUGAGUUCCAGAGCUCCCGGGAAGCCAUCCGACGCGAGGGCGGCAUUGAGCUCAUCAUUCUUGGCAUGAAAUACCAUGUUUCGCAUCCAGAGGUUGGAGAACAAGGCUGCGCUGCCAUUGCGAACUUAGCUUUGGACGAGGCGAAUCGCACACACAUAGCACAGAACGAGGGCGUGAACGCGGUUCUCGCUGGCUUGCGGCUGCAUCAGUCGCAUCCAGGAAUCCAGGCGUUUGGCUUGGGUGCGCUGGGCAACCUGGCAACUGCAGAGGACAACUGCGCCGUGAUCCUGAAAGCUGGCGCCGUUGAUAUGGUGAUGCAUGCCAUGUCUUCCUGGACAGAUGAGCCUCGGGUUCAGCACUUCGCCUGCCUAGCGCUGUCCAACUUCGCCCACGACGAUGCCAACAAGGUUGCCAUUGGCCGGGCGGGAGGCAACAAGAAGAUCAUUUCCUCCAUGCAGAGGCACUCUGACCACGCAGGUGUUCAGGAGCAGGCUUGCGGUGCAUUGGCCAACCUGGGGGUCAACCAGCAGAACAUGGUGGAGAUUGCCCAGCUCAGCGGCAUUGAGCUUGUCAUUGCUUCGCUCAAGAAGUUCCCGACGGAGCCGGGUGUACAGGAGAAUGGAUGCUUUGCUCUGUCCAAGUUCCUUACCAUGCCCAAUGAGUCGUACCGCCAACGCAUGAAGCAAGCUGACGCAGAGGCCAAGACCGAGACCUCUCAUUGCCAGCGCUCUUCCAGAAAUCCUAUCAUUUGCAGCAUGUGA